AUGACAAGUUUGGCAAAAUUAGGGAAGUCACCACACUAUCGGUUGAUGAACACCUUUGCGCAUUCAAGUGAAAGAUAUGGGCAAAGGUAUUCAUCAAGUCCAAACCUCAGCGUUACGGCAUCAAGUUUUGGGUUUAUUCACGAUGUUGAAACAUAUACAUCGGUAAUUGACUUGUUGUUGAUAUUGUGUUUGAUAAUAUGUUCAAUGAAUAACAAAAAGAUGUGCUGUGAUUGUGAAAGUGGUAUGGUUAUAAACCUACAGAUGUACUGUGGAAAAUGCGACAAGAAGGAAGAAAAUCAAGGAUUUCGGGUGACGAUAGAUAUGGUAGCUCCGCAACUGUGUAUGGGAAAGUUUGUGACAGUUGUAUGUGACAACUUUUUCUGCAGCUUAAGAUUGGCACAUUAUUUGGCUCAAUAUGGUUCAACAUUGCUUGGGACUGUGCGAAAAAACAGAGUUGAGGUACCAGAAGAAGCCAAGCAAAUCAAACGGUACGACCCCAAUGAUGAUAAAAAGGCUACUACAAGAGAGGCAGAUUCAACGGAAGUGUAUACAAAAGGUGUAUGCAAAUUGGUUUCUUUCUAUAACGAAAAGAAGAAGUUGGUGCUCAUUAUGACGACGAUGCAUCAUGCUAAAGAGUUGUACACCGUUCAGGAGCAAGUGAGGGGAAAGGAUGGCAAACUUGUGAGUGUACACAAACCAAAUGUGAUAAAACAAUACAAUGCGACAAUGGGAGGUGUUGAUAGUGCAGAUCAGAUGAUACAUACUUACACUUGUAGAAGGCGCACUUCAAGAUGGAAUGUGAGAAUACUUUAUGAUUUACUUGACAUCGCUGCCCUCAAUGCCUACAAGUUAUAUCGUCAUCACCACGAUAAGGUGGACAGGUUGAAUUUCCUCAAUGAAUUGACAGAGUUAUUGAUGGAAAUGGAGUAA